AUGAGGGGCCCCCAAGGGGGGCCCCCCGUUUGGGUCCCCAUAGCCCACGCAGCAGUUCUGUUGGUGCUGCAGCAGCAGCAGCAGCCGCAGCAGCCAGCCGCAGAAGGCAGCAUGCACGUUGAAGAGGAGCAGCAGCAGCAGCAGCAACAGCAGCAGCAGCAGCAGGGUGAAGUUGAGGGCAUGACUUGUAGGGAGAUUGCUGCGGAGUUGUGUUGCACCGAGGGCCUCGUGUGGCAGUCCAUAAAGCAGCUGCUGCAGUUGCGGUGGGUGCAGCGCAGCAGCAGCAGCAACAGCAGCAACAGCAGCAGCAGCAGCAGCAGAGGCUCCAAAGAAGCCACGGAGUCUCGCUAUGUCCUCUUCAAGGGGGGCCCCUCCGCAACGGCCCGCGAGAG